AGGCGCCAUGGGGCCGUGGGCGCUGAGGGCCGCGCUGCUGUGCCUGGGCGGCGCCCUCGUGUUCUCCGAGCUCCACUCGCCCCACAGGGAUAGCCCCACCCCGGCGCAGGAAGAGGCCAGCAAGCCAGGGCCGGAGGCCAGGGCCCCGGAAGAGGAAGAGCCCUUCACGAAGGGUUGUGGAAUAGCACCACUUAGGGGUGCACUGGAAGGGUCUCGGAUCAUAGGAGGUACGCGAGCUGCUGCUGGCGCCUGGCCGUGGCUAGUCAGCCUGCAGGUUCAGGACGGCGAUUUUCUUGUGCAUAUAUGUGGUGGUGCCUUGGUGAGAGAAAGGUGGGUCCUCACAGCCGCCCACUGCACUAAAGAGGCUAGCGACCCUCUCAAGUGGAGAGCAGUGAUGGGAACCAAUGACCUCUCCCGGCGCCGCUCCCACAUCAAGAAUAUUCAAGUAGUAGCAAUCAUCACCCGACCAGACUUCAUUCUGGAAACGUUCGUAAAUGAUAUCGCGCUGUUCCGUCUAAGGAAAGCUGUGAGGUAUAAUGACUUUAUUCAGCCUAUUUGCCUACCUUUUGGUGUUUUCCAAAAACUGGACCAAAACACAGAGUGUUUUAUAAGUGGCUGGGGAAGAACCAAAGAAGAAGGCAAUGGUACAAACAUCCUACAAGAAGCGAAAGUGCACUUCAUUUCUCGAGAGGUCUGUAAUUCUGAGAGGAGCUACGGAGGAGUGAUCCCUAGCACCUCGUUCUGUGCAGGUCACGAGAAUGGGACCUUUGACACAUGCAGGGGCGACAGCGGUGGCCCACUCAUGUGCUAUUUACCGGAAUACAGGAGAUACUUUGUGAUGGGCAUCACCAGUUACGGCCAUGGCUGUGGCCGGAGACAUUUCCCUGGUGUCUACAGUGGCCCUGCCUUCUUCCAGCCGUGGCUCACAGAGCAUUUCUCACGGGGCAGUACUAUGCGAGUGUUCCAUGCAGACGUGGGGCUGGGACAGAUCCUCGUGGCUUUAGGCCCUGUCAUCCUUCUAGGAGUGACAUAAAGAGACACUGCAGACUGUCAGUCUGUCCCUGCUGUGUUCUACACAAGGAGAUUGUUCUUCCGUGCUCACUGUAGUGUUCUCACUGUUUCUUGAACAAUGCCACAAAGGACUGUGACAGAUACACAGUUGUGAAUUUUGGCACCGAAUCACGUGCCUCCUUAGAGCCUGAUUGGUUUGUUGUUUAAUCGGAAUUCUGUAUUUGGAAUACUCUCUUAGAGUUUGUAUAAAUUGUUCAGUUCACUCUGUACUUUAUGUGUAUAAAUGUCAAUAAACAGUUCAUAACACAGCUGAAAA